AUGACUCAGUCAAUAGAAGCGAACAUAAACACCCAGCUAACAGUCAAUUCAGCUCGCUCCCUCAACCAUUGCCCACUCGCUCCCUCAACCAUUUCCAACUCGCUCCCUUGGCCAUUGCCUGCUCACCCCACUGACCAUCACCAGCUCGCUCCCUCAACCAUUGCCCGCUCGCUCCCUCAACCAUUUCCAACUCGCUCCCUUGGCCAUUGCCCACUCACUCCCUCAACCAUUGCCAACUCGCUCCCUCAACCAUUGCCCACUCGCCCCACUGACCAUCACCAGCUCGCUCCACUGACCAUUGCCCGCUCGCCCCACCAACCAUCACCAGCUUGCUCCACUGACCAUCGCCCACUCACUCCCUCAACCAUUGCCAACUCGCUCCCUUGGCCAUUGCCCGCUCGCCCCACUGACCAUCACCAGCUUGCUCCCUCAACCAUUGCCCGCUCGCUCCCUCAACCAUUGCCAACUUGGUCCCUUGGCCAUCACCCGCUUGCUCCACCAACCAUCACCAGCUCGCUCCACUGA